UUGCCUCGGCUCUAUAUAAACUUUUUUAUUGAAGUAAAUUUUGCUUUUGGCAAAAGUAAUACACUACUUCCCAUUGAGAAUCCAACUUCCACAAUUCCAAGUCAUUACCAAAUAAAAUUAAAAACCGUUGAUCCGAUUCCAAGUCAUUACCAACUAAGAGAAGCAUAAGUAGGGGUGGCAAAUGGAUCCGACCACUUGACGUGUAGGGCCGACCUUAGGUCCAAGUAUGAGUCCAAAUUUUGGACCCAAAUACUAUUUGGGUUUGGGUCUGAGUCCAACUGGACCCGACCAGUAUGGGUUGUCAUAGGGUAUAUAUGAUAGCAAUCAUAUGUCUUUAGUCAUGUGUUAGGUGAUCAUAUUGUCAUAACAUUGACAACAGUUACAGUAUUAUUGACCAAAAAAAAAACUUAUAAUAAUAAAAUAUAUAUAUAACGAAAAAAAAAACAAAAAAUAAUAAUAAUAAACAUUAUAGUCACAACGUGACAAUAGAUCUAACUCGACCGGAUACCUGACACGUCUACGUAUGAUUCCAAAUUUAACCCGACCCGUUGCCACCACCAUGUAUAACCUACCAUACCUUGAUCUCUACCAUCCGCUCAUUCACUUGACGGUGAUGUCCGCAACAUGUGUAGAAUGUAUGUACUAUACACAUAAUAGAACGCACACGUAUACGGAAAACUUAUAGAAAACCUAGAUCUUUCCAGAAUCUUCCCGGCAACUCUUUUCUGGGGUUCUCUAUUCAUUACUUAAAUCUGAAGAAAUUUGGGGUUUACGCUUUUGAGUUUUCCUUUGUCAUAUGAAUUCGAAACCCCAUUUCGCCACCAGAAUCGUUCCCGUAAAACAAUCCCGAAGUACCCCAGCAACGUUUUCCGACAAAAAUUUGGCCAAGAAAUUUUCAGAAGAUAAAAUUUCCUGGUUUUUUAACGUGAUUUUCGGACCAUAUUUGGCCGGAAAAUACCUUUACCUCUCCUUUCACUGCCUGGAAGCCAUGUUCUUCUUCUUUGUGGGAGGGGUGGAGCAACAGGUGAAGCAGGUGCUCAAGCCAAGCAUAACCAGAUGCAUAAGGUGUGGAUCACGAGCUUCUCUUGUGGAGUACGAAAACGUUCUGAAGCUCUUCUUCGUUCCGGUGUGGAGAUGGCCUGGAAAGAAUCCGGCGGUUUACUGUGAUAAUUGCUCCCUUUUAUUGCCGGAAAGGUUCAUACCCUUGCCGGAAAAUGAAGAUUCUGACGUUGACUCGAGGGUUCUCUCUGAUGUUCUGAGAUGCCAUUCUUGUGCUCGACUUGUGGAGCCUGAGUUCAAGUUUUGCCCCUUUUGUGGCUCUUCCCUGUGAAAAUGGGAAAUGCCUUCUACUGUCCUCUGUGAAUUACCGGGUUGGUUAUCUCUGCAACAGACGAGAGCAUUUGGGUAGUUUCUCUCCUCCGUUUCUAGUUGGGUCUUGAAUUUUUAUUUUAUUUUUUAUUUUAUUUUAUUUUUUAUUUUUUAUUUUGUGAGCUUCUGGUGUGGGGUUAUUCUUCUUUGAAUUCCUCUCAAAACUCUAUCUUUUCUCUGACUCAACUCGUACUGUUUCAUGCU